UUGCUUUCUAUUCUCGGCGAUUUUGCAGUAAAACUUUGUCUGGUUUUGAUGUUUUCGUGCUGAUUGAAUGAUAUUUUCUACUAAAUUUCCCUUCUUUUUUCUGGGGUUUGUUCAAAUUUCUUUUCGAAUCGAAGGGUUGAGCGAAAGUUUUCAUUUUUCGGAUGAUUAUUGGCUGAAUGUUUUGCUUAUUUCGUUUCCUGCGGAGCAAUAGCGCGUAUUCCAACUGCAAAUUGUGGAGGCGCGUUAAAACCCUUAGUCCACAAAAUUGCCCCAAAUUAAACGGAGGAAAUGGCGAGUGGAGGAGGCGAGGACCGAGAGAGUUCAAGCUCGGGAGAGGGGUCUGAGGAGCUUAACAAUGUCGAGCGGAAGGGGAACAUAUCGGAGUACGAGAAGCAGCGGUUGUCGAGGAUCGCAGAGAACAAAGCAAGAAUGGAAGCUCUGGGUCUCUCCAAAGCCGCGUCUGGUCUGAUGUGUUUGUCUCCUGGUGGGAGGAAACACAGAGGAAAAGCAAAGUCUGGUGAGGAAGACGACGAUUAUAGGCCAGGUGAAGCUGAUGACGACGACGACGAUGAGGAUGGUGAAUACGAAGAGGACGAUGACAAAGACGAGGAGUUUCUCGGGCAUAUUCGUUCUGGUUCUGGAAAACGAAAGGUGAAGAACAAAGGUGCGGGAUCAAAGAAGAAGAAGAAUGUUUCAUCUAAAAUGAAUGUGGAUAAUGCAAGAGGUUACAUUGAGGAGGACGAUGAUGAGGACAACUUAAGGAAGGCGAUUGAGCUUUCUCUAAAGGAUACUCUAGGAGGAGGUCCGUCCGUUGCUCCGAGCAAGAGGAACAUCGGCGGUAAAGAAUCAGGAAACGGAAAGAAGAAAAAACCGUUUGUGAGCCGGUUGCAGAUGACAGAGGAUGAGCUGAUCAUAUACUUCUACCAGUUCGACGAGGAGGGAAAGGGGUUUGUCACGGUGAGAGAUUUGGCGAAAAUGGCGAUGGUGCAUGAUUUCACGUGGGCAAAAGAGGAGUUGCUAGACAUGAUCCACUGCUAUGACGGUGACAACGAUGGAAAGCUAAGCUUGGAUGAUUUCAAGAAGAUUGUAAAGCGUUGUCGCAUGUUAAAAGAAUCAGAUGGUUAAUGGUGUGGUUAUAUCCUCGGAGGCUGUAAAUCUUGGAUGAUACCUUGUCCAAAACCAACCAAUUCCAAGAAGAUCGGAUGAUACCUUGUCCAAAUCCAAGUUCCAAUCUUGGAUGAUACCCUGUAAUCUGACAUGAUGUACAGAUCUUGAUUUUUUUUUUUAAAUCAGUGCAACAAAUUCAGAAACAACGCUUCCA